CACGCACGCGCAUACACCGCCGCCGCCGCCACGAUUCGGACCCGAGCGAAAGGGUCUGUCCGACCGGCGAACGCUCUUCAGUCGUUGGACUAAGCGCAACUCUUCCGGGUGUCGAGUGAAUCGGAACUGCUCUCCGAGCACUCUUCUUCGCGUACAUCGCGCCGCCGCUGCCGCCGCCGCCGCAGACAUAAUAAUAUAAUAUAUUAUACUAACUGAUUUUUUGUAUUAUUCGGUCGUCGUUUAUAUGACUAUUAUUUUUCGUACAGUGCGUUUUUACGUUUUCUGCGAUUUGUUUUAUUUAUACAUUUUUUAUGUUCGUAUUUUAAUUUUUUCGAAAACUUUUAUGAUACGAUAAAUAAAAAUAAAAAUAAAAAUAUAUUAAAACUUAAAAUUCGGACUAUUGCGAUUUAUCUUCGGAAAAAAAAGAAGAAAAAAAUCAAAUCAGACAUGGCCAUACCGUUCAAUCCGCCGUCGUCCAACCCCGAUGCAACAAGGGACCAUUAUUUGCGAAUUCAAAAUCUGCUCAAAGAAUUGUUGACAUUGCUCAGGCGAAUGCCUUCUUGGAUGAUCGGUGAUCAAUACGCCAACAUCAACAUGGCUUCUCAGACUCCUCUGACAUAUCUGCAGGAAGAAGAAAAUAACCGUCUUUGGGUACAGCAACAGCAACGUUCGAUGCGCGCGUUCCACCGCCGGCGUUUACGUGAACGCCAACAUCAGGAGCGACGUGCGCAACAGCAAGAACUCGAGCGACAGCAACAGAGCGAGCAACAGCGGCCGUUGUUGCCCGACUUGGUAUCGUCAUGUGGGCCCUCGCCGCGUCAACUGCCGCCGCCGCCACCGCCGCCGCCGUCUGCGCCGCUUCAGCAGCAACAGCAACCGGAACAGCAACAGUCCACGGUCGACGACGACAAAUUUGUUGGCGCCGUCAAGCUGCAGGUGGCCGUGUGUCCGACUUGCUAUUACGGCAAAGAGCGCAAGCUGAAAGUGAUCGCCGUCGCCAAGUUGGACGAGAACGGCAAGCCGAUCCGCUGGAACGCCAACCGUGACGACGAAGAACUGUUGGUUUUCGAGAAUAAAAGUACAAAAGUAAAGCGGCGAAUCAUGUCGCUGCUUCAGCCAUCAAAAAUCGAAUCAUCCGUACUCACCGCCAUGUUCGUAAUCAUCGGUUGGAAAAUGUUCAUCAAACAAUAAUAUGAUUUUGUUUUUAGAAUUAGAGAGAGAGAGAUAGCGAAAAAAACAAUUUUUUUCCACACCUAUAUAAAAAGACUCCAAAACCAGGUUCCAGUCACGGUUUUAGUGACUAAAACAAAUUUUAAUUUUAAUGUUAAUCAAAUUGACCGUUGAUCUCAAUUCUAAAAUGUGAGAUGUUCGUAACCGUAGCCAAAUGUAGUAUUAAUUUAUACUAUAUUAUAAUAAACUAUUAUUUUUAUUAUUAUCUAUAAUAAAAUCAUCGACUUGAACGCGCGUGUAGAUGAACUCAUUUGCAACUGCUGCUGAUUUUGUACGUACGAGCUUCUUGUCGGUUAUUAUUCUUAUUAUUAUUAUUUUGCUUAAUAUUAACAUUAUCGUAUAAGUAUCUACCUAUUAUUAUUUUUUUUUUUUUUGUAAUAUUAAUCUCUAUUUCUAUGCUUCAUCUGUUGUAUUUUGUCGUUUCACAUGGGAAUUCUGCGGUUUCAGUCCCAGACCUAUUCACAUUUUGAUCUCGUUUUUAUAAAACUAUAGCUUCAGAACGGCACUACCGUGAUGGCGGGGUUUCUCUGCCUCCACGGUUUUGAAUUAGUAAGAAUCGCUAUAUUGUAUUAAUUUUUUUAUAUUUUUUUGCUCACUGUAAAUAAGCGUUUUUAUCUUUUUAUUUGUACACACACACACUCGCGCUGCGUCAUUAUUAUUAUUCAUUUAUUUUUUGAAUUUUGUCCGUUCAUCGCGGACGCCGUAAACUCUAUUAUCACACAGCUAAAGAAAAAAAUCGAAUUCUCUGUGGACGUUUUUCUCUUGUUUCUAUUCGUUCUACUAAUAAUAAUUAUGGUAUAGGUCAUAGUAUUAGGUGGUAUAGCACAUCAGCUGCGAACGCCGAGAUUCAGUUCUGAUUCAUAUAUUAUAUACAUCAUAAUAAAAACGACGACUAUACAUUACAAUAUAAUUCAUACUUUGUGCGUCGAGGAAUCAUAAAAUAAAAUAACGAUAUUAUGAUCGCUUUGUAAAUAAAUUAAUUUUAAUAUAUUAUUAUAUACGCUUGUUGCAUGCAGCGAGAUAUUAACUUCCUAUAUAUAUUAUAAUAUGUAUAGAAUGUAUUUUUUUGAUUUUCUUAUUUUUUACAUUUUUUAUUAUUUCGAAAAGCAUUUCUGUGGUGUUAAAUAAAACUAGGACGCCGUCGGGGCCUUUCAUAUGCUUCGAGCUUAAACCAUUCUUUGCGAAUUUCCUCCCGGCGACGAUCCUCGUUUCGCCCAUCAAAGCGUUUCUGUGAUAAUGCCAUUAUUUUUUUUUUAUCUAUUGAAUUAUAUAUUUAUCUAAUAAAUCUAUGGCAUUUCUUGUGUUUUCUACGGUUCCUCAUAAAGAACCGUAAUAUAUAUUAUGUACUUUGUAAAUUAUUGUAUUGAUAAGGUUUUUUUUAAUUAUUAUUAUUAUUAUUAAUAGGUCGAUCUCUUUUCGUAGUACUUAAGUAGAUAGUGUUCUUAGCUAUUAGUUUAAUAUUAGUAUUAAUUAGUAGAUAAUAUUAUUAUACUUUAGAUUUAAUGAUGUUGAUGUUGAAUAUUGUUAAUAUGGUCAUCUCUCUCUUCGGUUCACUAAAUAAAAAUAAAAAAAUAUUAUUAUGAAAUGUACCUACUUGCAUUGCAAGAGAUUAUCUUGAUUUUCAUAAUUAAAAAAAAAAAAAAUGUAAAAACUUAAUACAUAAGUAUGUAAUUAUUGGAAGACUAUUGAUUAUAAGCGUUUUGUGAUUCAAAAUUUUUAUUACUGUAGAAAUAGAUUUUUUAAAUAUUUAUUUUAUCAUAAUUAUUAUAACAUAUAAUAUAUAAUAUGUAAAUACACAAUUAAUUUUUUUUCAAACACUUGGAGAUAUUAUUUAUUUAAACAAAAAUCAAUUUGUCGUCGAACAAUCGUUGCAAAAUUAUAUGUGUGUAUGACGUAUGUCAAUUCAUUAUACGUUAUAUGGAUAUUUUUCGUAUUAACAAUAAUAUAAUAAUGGUUAAAAAAAAAAAAAUCAAGAACACUGCCCAAGUAUUUAUGAUAUCAUGUCGUCAGUAUAUUUUUGUUGUAAGUAUAUUAAAGCAGUGUACACGCAUACGCGUUGUACCUUUCGGCCAACUUCAUUGUUAUAGAAUCAUAUAAUAAUAUAUAUACUUUUCUCCCCGUGGUCUUUGGUAUUUCUCUCCCUCGUGUAUUAUUGUAUAUUAACACAUUUUAGUUCCGUAUAAUGAUGUAUAGUUUUAGAGCUAUUUUUUUUUUAUAUUAUAUUAUCUAUAGUACUUUAUAUAUAUAUAAAACAUAACAUACUUCGCGGCAUAUAAAUGUGCGUCACUGCGUCUUGCUACCGUUGUCUUUCCUUUGUAUUAUAAUAAUAUAAUAUUUUAAUAUUAUAUAUAUAUAUAUAUAAAUGUUGUUUGUAAGCAGAAUUUGAAUAUUAUUGUGUACGCAUAAUAUGUAACUAUCGUUGUCCGAACGGAUCGUAUGUAUGUAUGAUAUUAUUAUUAUUAUUAUUAUAUUAUUAUUGACGAAAAAUAAAAAUAA